AUGGAUUCAGACCUAUUAAAACAAGUGAUCCAACAAAGAUUAGAACCAACAGAAGUUUAUGUUGAAGAUAUGAGUGGUGGUUGUGGUCAAGCAUUUGCAGUUAUUAUAGUAUCAGAAAAAUUUAAAGGUAAAAAUAAAUUAAUGAGAUCAAGAAUUGUUAAUAAAGAAUUAAGUGAAAUUAUUUCAAGUAUUCAUGCAUUUACUCAAAAGACAUUUACACCUGAAGAAUUUGAAACUCAAAGAGUUAAUUUUAAUCUAUGA